AUGGCUUCCACUCUUGACGAUUCUUUGACAGAAUUGAUUUCAAAAUUAAAAUUCAGCGAGUCUGCGAAGAUCCUUACAGAUGGUUUGUUACGCAUUCGAAAAGAAUUUAUUCGUCGGUCUGAUGGAGUAGAACGUUUUCGGCAAUUGGGAGGUCUAAAGCCAUUGCUUAAUUUGGUGAAGAAGCCAAACGACCAGAUCGUUGACAUUUCGUUGAGCAUUUUAGCAAAUUGCUGUUUGGAAGAAGAGACCAGAAGACAGAUUAAUGUUUUAAAAGGGAUCCCUGUAAUUGUGUGUAUUUUGAAAUCACUGAAGUCAAACAGUAUAUUAAAUAGAGCUUCAAGAGCGUUGGCUAAUCUAGCUAUCAACCAAGACAUAGCUGAAGAAAUUCACAAGGAAGAAACUCCAGUCAUAUUAGUGAAACUUCUAAAAGACUCUGAGGACGAUGAAUGUCGACAAAGCCUUAUUAGAGCUCUGAGAAACUUGUCAAAAACUGAUGAGCAUAGAAAACAAGUUGUGGAAGCUGAGGGACUUGAAACAAUUGCUGAAUUACUGAAAUGUAAACAUUCUGGAGUUGCUACGGCUAGCGUAAGAGCAGUAGCUGAAAUUACAAAGAAUUGUAGUUUAGAGUGUGCACGACAAGUAGUGCAUAGCGACGGUUUUGAGGUUUUGGUCAGAAUGGUGUGUCAUCCCAAAACUGUGAUCCGUGAACACGCUGUGAUGUCCUUGUUUCAUUUGAUGACGCAUCCUGUUGUUCGUCCAUUUGUUGGAAGUGCUGGAGGAAUCAAAACAUUCAUUAAUGACAUUAAGCGUUCAACGAGUACAAUGACUCAGUCGAUACAGUUGCUUUGUCUGUGUUGCAGAGAUGUCAACAACCGUGUUGCGAUUAGAGAUGCAAAUGGACUAGAGCUAUUGCUUGAGAUGUUAAAAUCAUCUGAGUAUUCAAGUCAUCAUGAAAGAAUUAUUGCAUCCUUUCUGUGUUUUAUAUAUGAUGAGCCGAGUUUAGAGGUUAUGAUUACCAAUGAUGUAGUGUCGAUACUUUUAACUCAUUUGCGAGAAUCGGUUACUCCAAGUAAACUUUCUCUCGAUAUAGAGUAUGAAGACCAAGAAGAAGAGAAAACAAAAAGAAAUGAACCAGAGGAAGUGGAAAGUAAUGUGAAACCAUUUAUAUUGAUUGAUGACUCAGACACAACAAAUGCCUCUGGAGAAUUUUUGACACCACAAAAUAAUCGAAAAUGUCCUUCUGGAUUAAUAGUUGAUUCUCCAGUAUCAUCACCACUGCUAUCAACAGACUUGGCUACGUCCAGUAACUAUUCUCCCUAUUUGUCUCCACCAAUGAGUGAUCAUGGUUCUGACACUUAUAGUUUAUCUCCACCGCACCCAUGUAUGUCAUCACCACUAUGGUCUCCACAGGGAAGUAUUGCAUCAAUAUAUUCUGAUACCUCCAGUCUUGAUGGUGGCUUCCUACCAUGCAUGUCACCAGUCAGCUUCAACGAUGAGGGAUCAACCAUCCAAGAUAGCCUGGAUUUGUCUUGUGUUUCUAGUAUGGAACAGCAAGGCAAUGAUGAAGUGGAUAAUGAAAAUGACGUAUAUCUGCAGACAACUGACAACAUGGGGAUUGAGGCUGAUGACAAAGACAACAAAGCAAAUGAUCCUGAUGAUAGUGAAAAUGUAGUUUAUACUGAAGCAAAUGGAAAGACGGCGAAUGAAGCUGAUGGCGAUGAAUAUGGAAUAACUGAAGCCGAUAACAUUGAAAAUACAGUAACUGAAAACGAGGUAAAUGAAGCUGAUGAUUGUGAAGACGAAGUAGAAAAUGAUAACAAUGAAGAACUACAAAGUGAUAAAGUUGCAAUAAAAAGUGCUCAGUCUGCUGGAGCUGUACUUAGUAAUCAGGACAGUCCAUUGAAAACUUUUCAAUUGGUGAAUGUUGACAUGAUUCAAACUGGUCAUAUCCCAGAUUCACAUUGUGAAGUCAUGUACUGUGUAAAGGAAUCACAAAGCAGUGACUUAGAUAUUGGUGAAAUACAAGACAAGUGCAAUGAUGAUUCCCCCAAACAAGCUAAAAAUGUUGUUCACAAUAUAUUACUAUUUCUAUCAAGAAUAUCCCAGAUGGAAGAUCCUAGCAGUGUUCUAGUUACGGAGAAUUAUCUGACAUCUUUGCUAGAGUACACCUCAACUGUCGCGGACAUGUCAAACAGAGCUGUGAGGAUACUGACACGAUUGACGAGGAAUCCGCAUUGCUUUGAAGCAAUGAUUUUAAACAAUGCACCAUCAAAAAUUCAUUUAAUCCUGGCGGCAGCCAAGGAAAAUGAGUCAUCACAAACUAAGCAGUGGGAACAGAUUGCUGAAUUGUUAAUGAAAAAUCUUGGCAUACAGGCAGAGACUCCAUAUGGACAAGGUGUUAUGGCGCAUAGCUUGCUAUCAAAAAGUCAUAAAGAGAAAUUAGCCGCAGCCAUGGCAGUACCUUAUGUGUAUAGCAACUGUAGUCAACGACGGAAGAUGUUACUAGAGUUAAAUGGUUUAGAAAUACUCUUAGAAUCAAUUAAAGUGAAGGAUGAAACAACUGUCAGCUUGGUAAUUGGAUCGUUGUCACACCUUGCAAACACUAUUGGUAUAACCCCUCCUAUUGUGCCAAAGAUUCCUCAACGCAGCAAGACACAUACUUGUUAUUAUAAUGAGCAGCAGUCUAGUUUUGAUGUAAUGUUUAUAAUAGAGGAUACUAAGAUACCUGCCAAUAAGCAAAAACUAUCUGAAGAGUGUACUUUCUUUUCAGCCAUGCUUGUUGGUGCAUAUAAAGAAGCUAAACAAACAGAGAUCAACAUCAAUCAAGUUUCACCUCAAGCAUUUUCGUUUCUCAUGCAUCACUUGUAUGGAUGUUUGUUGGACAGCUGUUCAACCAUGUGGCGUUUAUUAGAUACUACUCAAGAUAAUUUAGAACUUGAAUUAGUCGCUUGUUCAGAUCGUUUUAUUGUACCAAGCCUAUUCCAUACUGUGCAUGAUGUAGUUUUAUUUACUCACAUGAAUUUGAAUUCUUUGGUUCAGUUGUAUGUAUUUUGCUCAACGCAUCAUAGCCAUUUACUGUGCCAAGAAUGCCUAGAGUAUUUGGUGUGCCAGAAAACCAAUUUCCACCUCAGAGUAGCCAUGUUUAAAGAAAUAUUUCGUUGUCAGGGAAAUGAAAGUGUCUGCGAGGAAAUUAGCUUACUUUUGAAAAAGUAUUUGUAA